GCUCCCUCCCCUCCAUAUACGGGCCGCUCGUAGCCGGAACGAGAGGGUCAGGUUAGGCGGGUCUGCUGGGCUGACAGCGCAUUGAAAACAGCGUCGCGCUUUCGUAGUAUAUCUCAUCGACGAAGGUUAACUUUUCGACAAUCUCGGGGUGGCCCUUAACGAUUCUCACAUCUUCUCGCGCGUGUGUGUGACGAUAUGGAAGGAGUCAGAAAAAGACGUCAGUUUACGUAAAAUCCAUUUCGUUCCUUAUACUAAAAUAAAAAGUGAGAAGAGGCACGCUUGGGACACAGUAAAAGGGAAUAAAGGAGAGAGAGAGAAAGAAAAAGAGAGUGAGGGAGAGAGAGGAGAGAUACAGUAGAAAGAGAAAGAGAGAAGUGAGAACACGAAUAAGAGAGAGAGAGAGAGCGAGAGAGAGAGAGAGAGAGAGAGCGAGAGAGAGAGAGAGAGAGAGAGAUAGAAAGAGAAAGACAAACUGCUGUAAAAGUAAACGAAAAAGAAAGAAAAAACAUGGCUCGUUUUCCGGCGACGAAUGUGUGUUUUCCUUCAUCGUCGUCCUUUCGUAUUAACUCCACUUUCUAUUCAUCAUUAUUAUCACCGUUAUCGUCAUCGUCGUCGUUGUCGUCAUCAUCAUCAUCGUCAUUAUCGUCAUCAUCAUCUUUGUCGUCGUCGUCGCCGUUGUCGUCAUCAUCAUCAUCAUCGGUACUCUCUUCGUUGUGAAGUCUCGCCGAUCUAUGCCCAGGGGUUCUCAACUCGGGAGUGGUGGUGAAUACACGCACGUUCACACUUACUCAAUGUAAGUACAAAAAUAAACAUGGAAGAAUGAUUCGUUCGAGAGGAAAGUAAAGAUAUACUACCGUCAUCCUGGCACGUGGUAAACCGGGCCAAAGGCCUGGAUCCUCGUCCUCCUCGUCCUCGUCAACGGAGAGGUUGCAAAGGAUGCCAGGACCGGCGCAAGAGAGACCUCGCGCUCAUCGGCUCACCGACAUCGAGCCACAAACCGCGAAGGGAUUAGGAUGUAAUCGAACAGACGACUUUAGCACACCUGUAAGUUCUGGUAGCAAUAUGGGGAGUAUUGCAAGGUUUCCGAAAUUGGACGAGUGCGCCCACUUUCAUUACGAACACGUGGAGCUUGGUGUUUUGGAGGUCUCCGUGAGCGAAGGCACCAAUGAAGCAGACACCUACGCAGUUAGGGUAACUUCCGGAGAUGCCUGUUGGACGCUCCAACGAUCCUACGACAAUUUCUUAAUGUUUGACAAACAAUUGCAUCGAUGUAUCUUCGAUAGAAAAUUUUCAUCUCUUCCAAAGUUACCAGACGCCAGGCCUAAAUUACAUUGGGUUAUGAUAAAGGACUACCUUCAACGAUUCUCAUGCCUAGAUCACGAGGGUCUAAACUGCGGUCCCGUAUUAAAUUGGUUGCAACUCGACAACAGGGGUAGAAGGAUACUCGUGCCCGAAUCUGAUUCUUGUCCCAUAAACACACCAGCUGUUGCAGCGGCCUACGCUGUUAGGCCUUACGUGGCACAGGCACAGGAUGAAAUCUCAUUUCAGGUCGGAGAUAUGAUCUCGGUGAUAGACAUGCCACCACCAGGAGAAAGUACGUGGUGGCGCGGUAAACAUGGAUUCGCAGUCGGCUUCUUCCCAGCUGAAUGUGUCGCAGUAAUCGGAGACAAAGUUCCACGUCAUUUAACAGUCUCGGCGACGGUCAGAUCGAAAUUACCGGUAAAACCGGUGCUUAGAAAGCACGGCAAAUUAAUCGCCUUCUUCAGAUCGUUUAUCUUGAACAGACCGUCGAGGAGAAGAUUAAAGCAAUCAGGGAUUUUAAAGGAACGUGUAUUUGGUUGCGAUCUGGGUGAACAUCUUUUGAACUCCGGUCAAGAUGUUCCAACGGUUCUAACUUGUUGUGCCGAAUUCAUUGAAAAUCAUGGCCUGGUCGAUGGUAUUUAUCGGCUAAGUGGUGUCACCUCCAACAUUCAAAGACUAAGAAAUGCGUUUGACGAAGAUCGCGUUCCAGCGUUGCAUUCCGAUGAAAGUAUCCUCCAGGACAUUCACUCCGUGGCAUCUCUGUUGAAAAUGUAUUUCAGAGAACUACCGAAUCCUUUGUGUACAUACCAACUCUAUUCUACAUUUGUCAGCGCCGUUCAAGCUAAUAGUGAUGCUGAAAGAUUGAGACGAAUGAGAGAUGCCGUUAGAAAAUUGCCCCCACCUCAUUAUAGAACAUUAGAAUAUUUGAUGCGUCAUCUAGUAAGAGUGGCAGCUCGUGGUUCAGAAACUGGUAUGACUCCACGUAAUGUUGCGAUCGUAUGGGCGCCAAAUCUUUUACGAUGCAAGGAACUUGAAGUCGGUGGUGUGGCAGCUCUUCAAGGAGUUGGAGUACAAGCUGUAGUGACAGAAUUCUUGGUUUGUUACGCUGAAUUAAUCUUUGGAGACGGACCGGUCGGUAGACCAAAGUCGUUAGCCAUUACGACACCUGCUCGUCUACUCAGUUUAGAGGAAGCACGAAAUAGAAGUGUAAGAGGCGAACCAGAUUAUAUAGAAGUUGGUGCUGGUCCGGCUGGUUUGCCAUUGCAUUAUCAUACAGUCAUAGAGUUGCCACGAAAGAGAAAUGGCUCGAAGCGUUCACCGUCAUUAAACUGGAGAGCUUUGUUCGGUAGAGGUGGCUUAGGUGGUACCAGAGGGAAGACCAGACAAGUUGGCACGUCACCUCAAGUAGAAACGGUGCCAAGUUCCUUAAACUCUUUGCGACGAUUGAGACCUGUAAAAAGUGCCGAUAGCUUGGAUGGAGAGGACAGUUUGGGUCCUCUUUUAGGACCACCACCAGCGAGACCUUGCGGUCAUAGUAGAUCAGUCUCUCAUGACUCUUAUUUCGAUCAUUUGGCUGAUGCGCCAAAUGCGACAUCACCUCUGGAUCUUUCGGAGAUCCAGCUUAAUUUUGAUCUUGAAGAAAGAGAAAUGAGAAUGUUUUCAGAGGAGGAGAGUGCUGGUGUGGCAUCAGUCGAAGCAUCACCUCGACGACAGAGGACAGAAGGGACGCAAUGUCCUGCUGUAACAGGUGGUUCCAAGAGAAAACGAUCGAGACUCGAGGAACGAUUGCAUUGCGACGUCGAGUUACGUUUUAUUGAUAGUCAAAGUCCCGACCAGGUAAUGGUGUCCGCGGAUGUGCACAAUAUGGAAACGCCCUCUCCAUUGCCAACUCCAGGCUAUUUACCAUUAUUGUCCGAAGCAUCGACUCCUUUAACUCCUGCAACUUUACAAGGAACGUCUCACUCCACCUCACCAAUACCCGUCAAUAGCCCUAGGAUAAGUUUUCGAAGUUUUACUUUACCAUUAGAAAUUGACGACGAACAAAGUAAUACAAAUAAUUUGAACAGAGUUAGCGUGUCUUCCGAUAAAACAUCCGAUCCUAGUCAUAGGUUAUCAGUAAGUUUAAACGAACAGAAUAACGCUAAGUCAUGCGAAAGAAUACGUAGUUAUGAUAGACACGAGGAUUCUUAUAGUAACACAUUAAUAGACCCAUCAAAAGCUCGAAAUACCGAAGAGUCGACGGACGCUGGAAUAUCUGAUAUUCCAGAUCAAGAAAUGACCCCUUGCGAGAGGUUAAUAUCAUUGUGUAGUGAAGUUGAAUCCAGUAGAGUAACCUCAGCGUCUAAGGAUAUAUCGGACGAGUCUGAGCUAUGUCCAAUCGAGAAAAAUAAAAUACCUACCGAUAACAAAGAUACAUCGAAUGCAAAGAAGCAAGAAACCUCUAAUAACAAUCGAUCUACCAAUUUACAGAAUCAAGAAAUGAUUGCCGAAAAUUCAGACGUACAUGGACAUGAAUUGGCUGGCUUACCAUUAUCAAAUACAACUGAUCUAGAUUCCCCAAUGUCUUGUGAGCAAACUUUGGAAGAUUUGCCGGAUUCAGGAUUUGUAAUAUGCGAUAGUUCGGAUAAAAUAUUUACCAAUACGGAGACUCAACCAAUGGUAACUACUACGAAUGAUUCCGGUGAAUGGGUUAUUGUCGAGAGGACAACUGGCUCCAUAACAACGCCAAGCAGCGAAUCCAGUAGUCCUAAAGAUCCGUUAGAAGGCACUAUGAAUCCAGCGAUAGCUACGGAGACACCACAAUUGAGAUCUAUGUCGGAAAAUGUUUCACGAACAUCAUUGGACCUUACGAUGGGUUCUACGGUAGACACGGAUACUUCCUGUAUCGGAGCAAGCGAUUUAACUGAAAGUCCUGUUCUAGCACAAGUGUCAGGUGAUAUGACAUGCUGCGACGUUAACGAUGUUAAAGAUUACAAGGAUUUCGAAGGGCACGAAGAUACGCAGAGACCAUCCACGACAUUUACAAACGAGUUUACGAAUGAUCUUUCUUCCAUUUUACAGGAUCAAGACAAUGGUAAUGAGAAAGUUUGCGAGGUGAAUAUAACUGACAUCGAAUCGAACGAGGAACGUCCCGAGUUAAAGAUAGACACUUCUUUUGUUCGGCUAGACAACACGCAUGUACAUAGUACGAAUAAGAAUAAAGACAGCAAGAGAACAGAGUGCGAAGUCGAUAAGACGCAAAACAUGUUGCAACAGCAACAACAACAACAACAGCAGCAACAGCAACAAGAUAUACAACGAUCUAUAGAAAGUCAUCAAAAAUUACAAUACUCAAAACACACUGAUCACCAAAGAUGUUCAAAACAGCCUGAUAAGAAUAAAGAGAUCCAUGAAAUCGAAACGGAUGGUGAUAAAGAGAUGUCGGAAAAGUGCCAAAAGUCUCAAAAGCAACAGAAAAAGCAAAGUCCGCAACAUAAAUAUAUUUCGAAACACGAGGGCGAGAGUUCUAAAAGAAACAAUAUACGCCAUUCGCAACUGCGUGAGAAUAUCGAAGUUGUGAUACCUUCGGAGAACGCAGCGGAACCUUGCGAGAUUGCACAUGUUCCAGAGGGUGCAUCAGAAGCAAUUCCGUUGGAUUCGUCCUUCUCCAACAGUUCGUCACCAGUCGACGAUUCCAUCGUUCUGCGGGACACAGCUACUAUUUUACAAGAGUUGGCUUUACAGAGAUUAUCCGGUGGUAUGGUAGGAGAAUUGUCCAUUCCACCUUCUAGAAGAAGAUAUGAGACUGAGGUUACCAGAGAACGAAGAAGUUUCGAUUCAGAAAUUGGCCGAGAAAUCGUUAGAGAACGAAAAAUGCGUCAGGAGUUAGAUUCGGCAAGAGGUAAAUCCGAGGAACCACCUGUAAACAGUACACAUCAUUUGCCACCCUGUUUGCGAGCUCGUCAUGCAAGAGCUACACGUGCCGCUUUAAGCAGAUCUCUCGACGAAGCAAAAUUCAAUCAGAUGACCGGUGAUACCUCAUUACCAGUAAAACAAGCUUCUGAUGACGUUCAGCACAGUUCCACGCCUAAUGUUGGCACCGUUACGAAUCCUUCCUCUAACAGUUCUGAGAAGGUUCACUUGAAGAAUCUCGGUGGUCUCGACUUGGGUGACCCACAGUGUCGAGAAAGAAUAGAAAAGUACAAAGAGGAGAGGCGGACGUUUCUGAGAGACAAAUAUAGAUCGGAGAGUUUUCGUGGUAUGUCCUCGAAAGCUGAAGGUGACGGUGAACAGGCGUUGUUGGCCAGAUUAAAGCAGAGAACAUCAAGGCCGUCAUUUCAUUGACACUGAUCUGAUUCUCUCCUUGAAUUUCAGAAUAUAUAAUAUCUGCUACUUAAAAAGGCUGCCAAUGCACUGAUUUUUUUUUUCUUUUUUUUUUUCUUUUUUUUCAAAAAUUCAAUUUGGAGAAUAAGACUCGUCUUGUCGUUGGCUGAAAUUAUUGAUUGUUUAAAUGAUGAUGAUCAAAUAUGAGAUAUAAGAUUCGCGAGAUUGCACUGUUAAGCUGAAACGUGCAAUAUAAUAAAGAAUUUUUUCUUUUUUUUCUUCCCCUCCCCUUUUUUUUUUUUUUUUUUUUUUUUUUAAGGAAUUUAUUAACUUAUUAAACGAUCACAAGUAUAACUAAUUUCCUUUUUUUUUCUUUUUUUUUUUUUUUUUUUUCUUUUCCAUUGUUAUGAAUUUUAAUAAUAAGAUAUUUUUUAUUACUAUUCCCAAAGAUAAUUCGCCCGUCGUUCGUAUUUAUUGUGUUAUUCUGUUAUCGGCUUCUAUUGUAUGUUUUACGUCGGACGUAUGUACCAGAGUUGUGUGUGUCUGCGUAAUUGCAUUUAUUAAUACGAAAGUAUAUUCAAGUGAGCACGUUAGAUUGUAUAGGAAUAUUUUUGAAACGCUUCUUUCGCCGUAAAUGCGUAUGCGUUUUCGUUGUUAAUACUGAUUAUAGAUGAGAUAUCUUUUUUAUAUUAUAAAACGUUGAUUGUCAAUGUUUAGUGUGAAAAUCGUUCGACGUUUUCUAUUAGCGAACUUUUGCGCCUUAUUGCUUCGUAUUUUAAUCAACAAUUCAUUCGUAAAUUUUUUUACGUGUUGCUGUUAAUGUUAUUUCGAUCUCUGGUACACAUUUAUAAUGCUUCGUUUAUAUCUAUAAUGAAACGAGAACUCGAUAAAUCGUAUUUUUUUUUUUUUAUAUAGGUAUAUAUAUAUAUACACACACGAAAUAUUUAGUUGAGCAUUUUAUAAAAGUGUAACGAUAUGGUUACGUUCUUUUGUGGACUGGUCCACAAUGGAUAUAUAUAUAUAUAUAUAUAUAUAUAGCUUUUGUAUAUGCUCUAAUUUUUAUUUAGUCUUUAUGUAUAAAAAAAAUACACACACACAUAUUAAGUUAAUUUAUGGAUUAGCAAGAUUAUGGUUAAAAAGAUGCGACUUGAAAUCAAGAUUACUAUUUGGAACCAAUUGUCUCGAAAUAAAAAUAAUACUAUGAAUUAAAAAGAUAAUAGAUUUUAUAUAUAUAUAAUAUUUUAUAUAAUAUAUAAUAUAUAUGUAAUAUAUAUAAUAUUUUAUAUAAUAUAUAUAUAUAAAAUCUAAGUAUAGAAUGGGUGGUUAGAUCGUCAUUAUAUAAAUGUGAUUAAUAUGAGUAUGUCGUCAUUUUGAGAUCUAAAGUAUGUUUUGACAAUUUUUAUCUAAUAAAUUUAAUUUAUCUUUUACGAUACUUUAAUUUUAUCGCGACAGUAUGACAUAGAAGUUAAUGUUCUUGCUAUGAUUCUAUUUCCUUGAAAAAAAAAAAAAAAAAAGAAAAAAGAGAAAAAAAACCAUUUUGCUCUCUACAAAUUAUUCGAAAUAAUUCGAUUUAGGACCGUUUACUCGCAAGAAAUUUUACUAGAUCCUUAGAACAUAGUUAACAAAGGUGCAUGUAACUAUUAUUAUAUGAAGCUAAUGGUAUUGACAAAAAAAUAACCAUAUAUUUUCUCGUAAAAACAUAUAUACAUCUCUUUGCGUAGAACUCAACAUUUUUUCUAUUCCCGACCAAAAAUCAAAGAGAAAAAUGAGGGAUGGUACUCAACGAAAGUGAUAUUUUACGCGAAAAUUUUUCGCUUUUGAGAAACGUCUUACGUUUACUGAUUAUAAAAUAGGAUGAAAGUUCAUAGCCUAUUUGAAUAAUAUUGUACAAUAAAGGCGUUGUUAUAAAUUAAUAACAACAAGACAUAGCGAUGUAAACUUUCAAUUCUUACGAUAUAAAAUGGAAAAAAAUGAAUUAAUCUCCUAGCCAAAUAUAUAUAUAUAUCCUAUUUAACGAAAAACUUUAAAGUUCAAAUUCAAAGAAACGCGAUAUUAUGAUACAUAAGAUUUUCUUCGGAAUAUAUUAAAAUGCAUUGAAAUGUUAUUGAUAUAUAUAUAUAUAUUUCCAUUAUUUUACGAAUCCCCAACACGCUUUUGUAAUUUCUAUUUAUAAAUUAAACGACAAUCUUUCCGUUAAUCGUAUUAUUCUUGAGAUUAGUUGAAAAGUUCCAAUUAAAUUCUUUGUUUAUUCUAAUUAAGUUUGUAAGAAAAAGAAAAGAAAGAAAAUAGAAAAAAAAAGAAUAAUACAAAUAUGCAUGCACGAGUAGUUAAAUGUAUUUAAAAAGCUACUAACAAUAUAAUAGUGUUAUUAGAAAGUAAAAAAGAAUUUCUAGACAUCUAACAAUUUCUCUCGACCCUUGCGAAUAUCCUAGCCGUAUUAUAGAAAAAGGCCUACAUAGUUUUAGCGAGUUACCUAAAUGUAAUAUGCCUGAAUAGUAAACUAUAAACAAAAAAAAAGAAACGUGAACUAUUUACAAGAUACUUCUGCACAAUAUAUAAUACGCGAUAAUAAUGAUGCAUCCAAAGGAUGUUUAUUUUUAAUAAUUUCAGAUUGCCCAUGUCAAUCGUACAUAUAUAUAUAUAUAUGUAUAUGUAUGUAUGUAUAUAUAUGUACGAUAUAACUUUUAGACUUAUUGUUAGAGAGGAAGAGAGAAUGAAAGAAAGAGAAAAAGUCUAAUGAAAUAAUGCGAACUAUAUGAUUCGGAUUUACUUUGAAUGAGAAGGGGGGAGAAAUAAGUAAAAAAAAAAGUAACAAAAAACAUUUUUCGCAAGACUAUAUAAAAAGACUAAUCUUAUAUACAACAUUGAAGGGCUGAUAGUAAUCUUGCUUUUCAGCAUUAAAAAGCCCACCGUUUCUCAGCCUAAACGAUUUUUUUCCUAACCCUUAUAUUUCAUCCCACCCUCUAGUUGUAUACUUUUCAUCUUAUGAACGUUUUUGUUACUAGAGAAUACCGUUUUGCCUACUACAAAUAUUCUUCUUAUAUAUAUAUACACACAUACACACACACAAACAUAUAUAUAUAUAUAUAUAUAUAUAAAAUAAAUAUAUAUAUAGAAA